AAGCGGAUGCGCUGUAUAAGCGUCGGUGUGAGCUGUGCAUGUGCUGAGCUGUGCAGCCGAUGUGACAUGAACAGCCAGCGUGUAGAGCUUCCCUGACAUAAGAUGGCCCUGCUCCAUUUUCCGUGUCAUGUCACAAAUCCGAGUCCAGCGGAGCAAGCAAGAUAAUUGACCGAGCAUUCUUGUGUCAUCGCGUCUUUCCCAAAGAAAUAGCUUGCUCUUGCUUAGACGACCUUUUCAAGAAUUAGUUCUCCUCCGCUCAACGAUCUUGACGCUGCUUGCUUUCCUGCGAGUUCCCAGCUUGUUUUUCUCAUUACGUUCUAAUAGUUCAACUCCGUGCAUCAUCGCGUCGUUUCGAACUUGUUAGCCUGCCUUCUUCUCUUGACGCCCACAAAUAGCCUUCUAAUCACGAAGGCCUUUCUCUCGUAAUAAUUCCUCUCUGUCGUGAUAAUUCCCCGUGGAAGAAUGGCGACGGAAGCAGCUUCCGCGAAGCCGGAAGAGACGACCGUUGAGACGAGCGCAGACGAGAGCGCGCCGCUGAAAAAGUCGCGGAAGAUUCUCGUGGCGGUGGAUCCCAGCGACGAGAGCACGUACGCGUUAAAGUGGUCUCUCGAGAACGUGAUACAAGCGGAGGAUAAGGUUCAUCUGCUACACGCACAGCCGUAUCCGAAAGUCUAUGCGGGACCUGCUGGUCCAGGGUUCUACGUGCCGCCCGAGGUGGUGGAGACGAUGAAGAAGCAGGAGGAGGCGGUCAGCCGCCAGGUGCUGCGCGCCGCCAAGGCCAUGUGCGAGCAGUUCAAGGUGGCAGCAGAGGCGGACGUCAUAGAGGGCGAGCCCAGGGAGUCGAUCUGUGAUGCGGUGGAGCAGCUGGGAGUGCAGCUGCUGGUGAUCGGCAGCCAUGGCUACGGCACUGUGAAGAGGGCGUUUCUCGGCAGUGUGAGUGACUACUGCGUGCACCAUGCUGCAUGCCCAGUCGUGGUGGUUCGGAAGGUGUAGCUGCCAUAUCUGGAGUGGUGGUUCGGGAGGUGAACCUCUAUGACCUGGGAAUGCGGUUGGCAGGUUGCAGCUGUCUAACGAUGAGUGGUGGUUUGGAGCAUAUAUAGAGUUGUCGUACCUUGGUUGUGGUAUGGAAAGGCCAGGCAAGGCAAAGUAGCGUGGGUUGUGACUUGAUAGCAUGUGAAAAAAACAGUGCGUACCCUAGCACCUUUGAAAGACAAUGCAUUAUAAUAAGAGUACACACUGAGG